UAUAGGUUAAUGGCGGAAAAAACAAACUUGCAAUCUCUAAAAAACGUUGUUGAACAUUGCGAGUUGACAGGAACAGAAUUCUUAGAAUUCACUGCUUAUGUUUUACACAUACAUAGAUAUCUGUCUGACCCAUUACACCUAUCACAACUUGGCCUUGGGAGUGCAGCUACAGUAGAUGUUUAUGAGCUGUUAGUAACAGACAGAGUUACAAAAAGAAAAGUUGUGUUAGAUUCCAGUUUAUCCAUAUAUAUACAAAGUGGCCAAGUUACAGAAGGUAGUUGUGUAAAGUUUACAGAAUGCAGUGUGAAGUAUGAUGAAACAGAUUUACAGCAGAGAAGUUUCCUUGUGGUACAUCAAUUGACAGUGGAAUUUGAAAGACACAUAGCACUAUCAGAUAUUGUUAUUAUACCCUGGUGUGAUGAUUGUGAUGAGAUAGAGAAAACAGCUACACCCUUGACCUCAUCCAGAGGUUACUAUAUAAACACAUGGUCCAGUGUAGAAUUAGAAGGAGAGGUAUGGAAGAAAGGGAAUAUAGAUAAAUUGAAUGGUUUAGGUGAUGUGUCUCCUGUAGAUGUAUACUCACUCAAGGAAUUAUCUAAGAACUGGCGUGUACUCAAAGGACCACCUGUUGUCGUCAAAGUAUUAAGUAAAAAAAGAAUUCUACAUUAUGCCAAACCAUUUAAGAAUGACAAGUGGCCCUUGCAGGCACGCACAUUUGACAGCACAUUUGACAGCACAUUUGACAGCACAUUUGACAGCACAUUUGACAGCACAUUUGACAGCACAUUUGACAGCACAUUUGACAGCACAUUUGACAGUAUGUGA